AAGUGCCUUUUUCUGAGCUCAAGAGCAAGCAACUUGCCACAGUAGUGGCAGCACCAAGUGGUACAGUGGGAAUAAGAUGCAAACAGCUGCCUGGCAUUGCAACGGAAAGCCCCAGAGAGACCCGGCAUGGUGUACUACUUUGAGCAUUGGACUACGACUCUGGAGAGAAGGGUUCAAAUUCCCACUUGGUCAUGGAAACCCACUGGGAGUCUUUAGAUUCAACAAUGCUAUACACAGAGAAAGAUUUACAUGAAGUUCUUAUUUAUAAAGAGCAAGAACUGAAAGAACUACAAGCUCGUCAGAUGAAUAUCCAGAAAACAGCAGUGCAAGAAACCCAAAAGCAACUUGAAGAAAUGCUUAAGAAGUUCAACAGUUUAAAGGAAGAUUUUACAUAUAAUCUUAAAGUUCUUGAGGAAAGAGAUAGAGAGCUGGAGCAUUAUGAUAAAUCAUUCAUGCAGCUUAAAAUGGUUGAAAAUGCCAAACAGGCAGAGGUUAGUGAGCUUAGAAUACAAAUAGUUAAGUUGGAAAAGGUACUUGCUCAGGAAUCCAAAAAACAAGAGGCUCUACAAUACCAAUAUCAACAAAAACUUAAAGAACACCAGUUAGAAUUGAAGCAGCUUCACAGUUCUAAAGACUCUGAUAUUAGCCUUCAUCGUGAAGAGUAUGAGAAUAUGAAACAGCAGUUGGAGAGAAGACUCCGGGAAGUAGAAGGUGAACUUGCUUUGCAAAGACAGGAGCUGCUAGUGGAAUUUGAUGCAGAAAUGAAAAAGAGAGAAUAUGAGUUUCGUCUGAAAGCAGAUGAAAUGAGCAAUUUAGUUCUAUCUCAUGAGCUUAAGGUUAAGUUAUUGACCAAGGAACUGGAGGCUUUGAAAGAAGCUGGGAUAAAAGCAGCAGAAUCAUUGAAAAUGGCAGAAACAACUAACUUGGAGCUGCAGAAAGAAAUCAAAUCUAAAGACUGGGAAAUAAAGGAUCUUGCAGCUCUGAAAGAUAUGCAGAUACGGGACUUAGAAAGCAAGCUUGAUUCAGUACAGAUGAGUUGGAGAAAAGAAAAAGAAAUAUUUGAGCAAAAACAUGCAGCAGUAGAUCACUUUGCCAGAGAAAAGGAUGCAAUGCUUUGUUCAGUGAAAGAGGCUCAUGCAGAACAAAAACAUAAAUGGGAAAAUCAAAUCCGAGAAUUGCAUAUACAUAAUGAAACUUUAGACAUGGAAUUACGUCGGGCUGAAUGGAGGCAUAAAGAUCAUUUGAGAGAAAAAGAUGCUGUCAUUGAAAAACUUGAACAAGAACUGGAGGCAAUGAAAACAAGUGCUGUUUCUCAAGUAGCUCAGAUGUCCAGGGAGACAGUUACUAAAGAUCUUCAGAUUCAAGCACUGCAAGAGGAAGAAAUAAAGCUGAGAGCACAACUGACUACCCUACUUCAAGAUAUUGAAAGGUAUAAGCAGCAGCUUUUAGUGGCAGCAGAAAGAGAAGAGAUUCUAGAAAGAGCUAAAGUGCAAAUUGAGCUGGACUGGCAGCGGCGGUGUGAGGAUGCCGAAAGGAAUCAGUAUCAGAAAUCAGAGGCUCUGAUACAGAGUCUGUCAACAGCUAGGGACCAGGUUACUGCUGGACUACAAGAGAAGGAACAGAAAUUACAUGAACUGGAAAUGACCCUGGCUGCUGUAACCUUUGAGAGAGACCAAGCCAUUCAAGAACUUCAAAAAUAUGGUCACUUGCCAAAAGGAGAAAAACAGACUAAUGUAGGAGUCAUUGGACAAGGUUUUCCUUCUGCUGAAAUCCAGAGAUUACAAGAGCAGAACAGUACUCUGAGGGCUGUUAUUUCAGAAAUGAGAAGAGAAAUGGAGACACUUAAUAAUCAGGCACCUCCCUCUGAUGACACCAAAAUGAAUGUACAAGAUAUGGAUAGAGCUGACGCUGCUGCAGUUUCAUUCAAUCCUGACUAUGUUCAGUCCCUGGAAGAAGAGAUCAAACAUUUGAAGAGAAAAUGCUGGGCUGUGGACAGACAGCAUGAAAAUCCACCUAAACUUCCUGGAAAAUCCUUUGUGCCUUCUCAGAACUCAUCCAUUUGCACUAAAAGUACUCAGACUUCCCAUCAAGACAGUAUUGUCAGUGGAAAAGAUGAUGACGUUGCAACAGACAACAUGGGCCCGAGAAAGCAUAAAAUUGAAGCUCCUCAAAUGGAUUCAGUGGAAACACAGGUGAAUCCAGCAAAUGAGAGACUUCAGGUCAACUCUGUACAUCUCAGGCAACAAUUACUUGGGAUAGGAGCAGGUGAUGGGCCCAAUCAGCACAUAGAAAACAAUGCACGAUGGCUACACAAUAAAUUGAAGGAAGCUGUAAGAAAGAUCUGCAGUCUAAGCAAAGAGAAACAGCAGCUGCUAGAGAUGGUAAAUGGACUAAGAGCAGAAUUUGGAACAGCUUCAAAGGAAGGAUUUCUGGAUCCCAAGCACUCAGAGCAACAUCAAGGACACAACAUCCCUGGUGCCCUCUACCCUAAAGAACUUGUUAAAGAGACUAAGCAUCGUCUUCUAGCCUUAGAACAACUACAAUACCAGCUUACAACUCAGGAGUUACAAUAUGCACAGCAAAAACAUGCCACAGGAAAAUGUCCUCUAUUUGUUGAGAAUACAAACAGUGAAAGUGUCCCAAGUAGCAGCAUCUGUACAGAAGGAGGAGAAAUCCCUUUGAAAGAGGUAUGGUAG